AUGGUCCUCACUUCCAAGAUGUCACUCCUCCUUGAGCGCUCACUCGCCAAACGCCUUCAGCACGCCCGCAACUACACCACCGCAAACCCCACCAGCGCCUCAACCCCCAACGCAAAGUGGAAAUACGUACCCCAAUCCGGCACAUACCCUAAAGGGUUCAAUGUCGGCGGGAUCCACUGCGGUGUGAAAAAGGACAGCAAGUCUCUCGAUCUCGCACUGGUGACAUCUGAACUGCCGUGUGCUGCGGCGGCAGUGUUCACGGAGAACGUGUUCAAGGCGGCGCCCGUGCUGGCGAGCCGUGAGAUGUUGAAUGCUAGGAGGGGAAGUGGGGUUCGGGGUUUGGUUGCGAACAGUGGCUGCGCGAAUGCGGUUACUGGGAAGGGGGGGAUGGAGGAUGCGAUUGCUAUGGGGAGGGCCGUGGACGGCUUGCUGGGUGAGGGGGAGGCAAGCACUAUUGUUAUGUCUACGGGGGUUAUUGGACAGAGGUAUGUUGGACAUCUUUUGACACUCGGGGUGGGGUGAAUAUCAUCAAUUGAGGGAUAUGCUGACUUUGGGGAUGCGAAUCUGUCUAGACUGCCGAUACAGAGGAUUCUCGAUGGGAUACCCAAUGCUUACAAGACCGUGGGAACUUCGCAUCAGGCUUGGCUGAACACUGCGAAGGCAAUCUGCACAACUGAUACCUUUCCCAAACUCUGUUCCAAAGGUUUCAAAUUCCCGGGAUCCUCUACGGAGUACUCAAUCGCUGGUAUGGCUAAAGGGGCUGGCAUGAUUCAUCCUAAUAUGGCCACGCUGCUCGGAUUCAUGGCCACCGAUGCGCCCGUCUCCCCGGAUGCAUUACAGAGUAUCCUUAGGCAUGCCGUUGAGCGCUCCUUCAACGCGAUCUCCGUGGAUGGGGAUAUGAGCACAAACGACACAGUAGCUCUUCUCGCGAACGGUGCUGCCGGCGGGGAGGAAAUCAAGAUCGGCACCGAGGGAGAAAAGAUCCUCAGAGGAGUAGUGACGGGAUUUGCGGAGGAGCUGAGCAAGCUUGUAGUCAGGGAUGGAGAGGGAGCGACGAAAUUCGUGACUGUCAGUGUAAAGGAUGCAAAUAGCUUUGAAGAUGCCAAACAGGUUGCUUCAACAAUUGCUAGAUCCCCACUCGUUAAGACGGCGCUCUAUGGAAGGGAUGCUAACUGGGGCCGUAUCCUUUGCGCAACGGGGUAUUCCGGGGUUGGGGGGAUUGUGCCGGAGAGGACAAACGUUUCUUUUGUUCCUACCGAUGGAUCUCCGGAGCUGAAGUUGCUCGUUAAUGGAGAGCCGGAAAAUGUCGACGAGGAGCGAGCGAGCGAGAUCCUAGCUAUGGAGGAUCUAGAAAUCCUAGUGUCGUUAGGAACUGGUAAAGGUGGCGAAUCCGCCUACUAUACUUGUGAUUUUUCGCACGAGUGAGCUUUCCUCGCACCAUGUCGUUUCUCUCACAUCGAAAGCCUUUGUUUGCUAACACUUUUCCUAUGCAGCUAUGUCACGAUCGUAGGUUGCCCCGCUUGAAUUCCAUUGAGAUCUGCAAAGGGAUGGAGAGCUAACAAACAUGAAGAAUGGGGAUUAUAGAACGUAGAAGUGAAUAAAAAUGCAACUCCGUAAUGAUCAAAGCAGGCUGGAUGGAAGCUGGAUAUUAGCGCUUGAAGGUUAUCCCUUUUUUUCGGGGGGUUUUUUUUUUCAACACAAAAGCUCCCCGGGGUGUCUAGACUUCUGUCCUCAACUACUGUGUUUGGAGCAAUAAAGGGUGUUUAGAGAAAGGUCGCAUCUGGGAUUAUAAUGUAUUGUAAGCCCCGAAGGGAACACUCUGGCUUGCUAGAUCGAGGACCGUAUUCCCGAGUACUGGUGCUGUACUGUAGAUAGGUUAAACUUGAGGGAAAGAUGACAAAAGGUGGGAAGGUAUCAUAAGGGAAAUGGGUGAUGCUGGUGGAGGAUGCCCUCCCGGCACCAUGACUGCGUAGAGGGAGUGGCCGCAGGGGU